ACUGUGGCCAUUUACAAACUUAAAGCUGUCGCAUACGCAAUGAAUCACUUGAGGCUGGCGAUCAUCUGCUGGAGCUGCCUGCUCAUUGUGAUGGCUACCACGACGGAAGCUGCUUCGGUUUGGAAACUACCCACUGCGGAGAUGGUCCACGAGGAGAAGUGUCGCCAAGAAAACCAGGAGGAGGAUGCAGCUACCCUGAGGUGUUUGGUAAAGAAACUGGGCCUUUGGACGGAUGAGAGCGGCUACAAUGCCAAGCGGAUAGCGAAGAUCUUUGCCGGUCAUAACCAGAUGGAGGAACUGAUGCUGGUGGUGGAGCACUGCAACCGGAAGGAGCAGGACCCGAGCCGCCUGGACGACUGGGCCUUCCUGGCCUACAGGUGCGCCACUUCCGGGCAGUUUGGCCAUUGGGUCAAGGACUUCAUGAGUCAAAAGAAAGUGGAACGAUGAAAUACAAUUGCGAUGGAA